AUGGAGAACAGAUAUGUUUUGUUAUCUUUAACUGCACUGUAUUAUCCCCUGAUAAUAUUUUGUAAUGUUACUGUAAUUAUUACUAUACUCUUACAUAAAAAGCUUCAUGAGCCAAUGUAUCUGUUCAUAUGUAAUCUGUGUGUAAAUGGACUUUUUGGCACUUCUGGAUUUUACCCUAAAUUCAUGUAUGAUUUAUUAGCUCAAGAUCAUGUGAUUUCCUAUGUUGGAUGUAUGAUUCAGAUAUUUGUCAUUUAUUCUUCUAUUCUGUGUGACUUUUCAACAUUAACAGUAAUGGCAUAUGACAGAUAUGUGGCAAUAUGCAAACCACUGGAGUAUCAUUCAAUGACAAAUCAGAAAAUAGUUAAAUGUAUCCUUUUCUGCUGGCUGACUCCGUUUUUUUGCAUGUCUUUUUUAAUUAUGUUAAUAUCUAGGCUUACCUUAUGUGGCUUUAGUAUUGAAAAGUUAUAUUGUGAGAUUUGGGCAGUUGCAAAACUCUCUUGCUUUUCUACAACGGUAAAUAAUGUGUUUGGGUACAUUGUAAUUCUUACAUAUUUUGGACAUGCAGUAUUGAUAUUUUGCUCAUACAUUUACUUACUCAGAAAGUGCAGGAAAUCAAUAGAAGGCAGACACAAAUUCAUACAAACGUGUGUUCCUCAUCUGCUUGCAUUAAUUAAUGUGACAGCUGCAUUUAUGUUUGAUGUACUGUACAGUCGCUAUGGUUCAAGGAAUGUGCACCAAAGUCUGCGCAAUUUCAUGGCCAUGGAAUUCUUACUCGUACCACCAAUUUUAAAUCCUCUUAUUUAUGGUUUAAAUCUGACAGCAGUACGGCAACAAGUAAUUAGACUGUUUAUCAAGAACAAAAAUCAGAAUAUCUGA